AUGUUUGACACGAACGAUCCCUCGAGCAGAAACGGAAGGGACAGUGAGUCUCAGAAGAAGUCGGACGACAACCUGUCCUGCUACGAUAGCCGGGAGAGCAUGCACAAUUUUGGUAAGGGCGGAAAAGGGAGUACCUUCUGUUCAGGAGAAAGGGGCAGCGCGGGUAAUUUUAAGUUGGACGAGGAGUUUGAGGACGACGAUGACGAUGAUCACCCUGAGGGAGGUGAGAGAGGCAUGAGCAAGGGAAGCAGCAAGGACAGCAGCAAAGGGAGCAGUAAAGACAGCAGCAAUGACAAAGGGAAUGAUAGCGCGAACAUUGGGGACUACUUUGGAGGGAGGAACGCCCCCUUGUACGGCAAAGGUGAAGGAAAAAAAAAGGAAAAAAGCCUAAUCCGUAACGGCAGCGAAUUUUUCCUAAGUGAGGACGAAAUGAGAAGCAGCAACUUGAGCACCGACAUGAACAGCGAGCUACGGAAAGUUCAAACCAGAGUAUGCGUGAACAAACACAAAACAAAAAAGGGUGCACAAGAGAAGAGUGCUAGGGAAGGGAUGAUGCGGGCGUACAAGGCGAAACACAUUUCCCCUCUGCAAGAUAACACUUUUGGUGGUACCAGGAGGAGUUUCAACCAAUCGCUAAACUUGAUUAAGAAUGACAUUUUGUAUUAUUGUGAAGGGGGGAGCAUGUUGAAGAGGGAUGACUUUGUGGAGGGAGUCAUGAGUAAAUCUGCAUUAAAGUUAAGUAUGGGUGGAGGCACGCAUGUGAGUGGGGGGACGCAUGUCAGUGCGGGGACGCACGCUAGCAGUACAACCUACCAGGAGGAAGGCCCUUUCUUCAAUCCCGCCAAGCUGCGCAGCGAUAGGGAGAAGGUUCAGAGGAAUCCUAGUCUGGGGUGCAGCUUGAAGAAGGCGGCUAGGAGCAGCGGUGGUGCUGGCGGUGGUGCUGGCGGUGGUGCUGGCGGUGGUGCUGGCGGUGGCGCUGACGGUAACGCAGACUGUGGUGAUGAGUGCAGUGACAACCGAGGCGGAGGAGGACUCCUGUUCGCUGAAGUCACCAAGAGGUCCAUCGAAGCUAAAGGCAAGUGCAUCAACAGCAACACAAAGAUAAAAAUUAAACGCUUGUGUGAAAAAAUUGAAGGAUUUGAAAAGGAAAUAAAAAAUGAAAUUCUACAAAAGAAAAAUGUGGAGAAGGAAAAAAUAUUUGUGAUCAGGGAAGCCAUAAAUAAAUUAGAAAAAAAUUUGAACAACGAAAUUAAGAAACGAAUUGAACAUAACCGAGCGAUUCAAAGUAUUUUUUCCUCCGAGAUAUUAAAGGUGCAGGAGAAAAUUGAGCAUGUUGUAAAGGACAAGGUUGCGGAAAUUGAAAAAGCGAUAAAAGCUCUAGACAAUAAAGUAGACACCAUUGCCAGUAACAUAGAAAGUGAGAAAAUGAAGUGUGUUCAAAAUUUGGAAAAACGGAAUAACAGCAUCGCGCGUGAUUUCUCCAACCUGCAGGCCGCCUUUCAGCAAGACAAGGCGAGCAACAAGGAGAAGGAGAGCAGCAUCUGCAAGAAGCUGGAGGAGCUCGAGCGCAAGUCGGAGAGUCGCAUCGCCACGGAGAAGAACAUCCGAGACAGCAAGUACCAGGAAAUAAUUUCCUACAUUGAGGAGAUCAAGAGGGAGAGGAAGGGAAAAAAUGAAAACUUCCAGACCUUCGUCAUGGAGGAAAUAGCAACGAUAAAGAAUGGACUUAUCCUGGAGUCGCAGGCGCGCGAGGCGGCCGAUGAUGACAUCGUGCAGGCGGUGAACCAUUACACGAAGGCCCUGCAGGACUCACUGCGUCUGAUAAAUUCGAAUUAG